CUUUGGCCUUUGCCGUUGCUAUACUUCGUACUUCUGACUCUUUAAUUCACUUUUUCUCCCCUAAUAAUAUAUUUUGAAGCUAUUCUCCCGCUGUGCCUAAGCUCUAUCACUGCUUCAAUUGAGGCACAAUAUACUCAGAGAAGCAACACCAUGUCCUUUCAGGAACGUUUCAACGGGCUCGAACUGCCCGCCUCCGCCGAUUUUCACGUUCAUCUUCGCGAUGGCACCAUGAUGGAGACUGUCACUCCCACCAUUCGCAAAGGAGGCGUUGAUACUGUCUAUGUCAUGCCCAACCUAGUUCCCCCGCUCACUACUCCCGCCCAAUCGCUUUCCUACAAGUCCCGUCUUGAAGCUAUUGAUCCAUCCGUUACCUACCUUAUGUCGUUGUACCUGCACCCUUCAAUCACACCCGAAAUCAUUCGAGAAGCCAAGGCUGCGGGCAUUACCGGUGUUAAAUCCUACCCUGCAGGCGUGACUACCAACUCCGCCGCAGGUGUCGUAUCCUACGAGGCAUUUUACCCAGUCUUCGAAGAAAUGGAGCGUCAAAAUAUGAUUCUGAACCUCCACGGCGAGAAGCCAUCUGGAGAGGAUAUCACAGUACUGAACGCCGAAGAGCGAUUCCUCCCUACGCUCAAGGAGAUCCACAAGCGAUUCCCCAAGUUGCGUAUCAUCCUCGAGCACUGCACUACCGCGGCAGCGCUGAAGACAGUCAUGGAGUGUGGUCCCACCGUCGCAGGAACAAUUACGGCACACCAUUUGUUCCUGACGGUGGACGACUGGGCUAGUGAUCCUUUCUGCUUUUGCAAGCCGGUGGCCAAAUUGCCAAGCGAUCGGGAAGCACUCUUGAAGGCUGCAGCUGCGAAUAGCCCCAAGAUUUUCCUGGGCACUGAUAGUGCACCCCAUCCUGCGACUGCCAAGAGAGGCGGUGCUGAUGGAAAGGGAAAGACCGUCGCUGGAGUCUUCACACAGCCAUAUGCGACGCAGCUGGCUGUGGGCGCAUUCGAGAAGGCAAUCGAAAAGGGAUGGUUGAAGGACAAUGAGGUAACUGUGGACGUUGUGAGGGGCUUCCUGGGAGAGAACGGACGAAAGUUCUACGGCGUGCCGCAGAGUGAAAGCCGAAUCGUCCUUAGAAAAGGAGAAGAGAAGGUUGUGGAGGCAUUCGCGAGUAAAGGCGGGGAAUUGGAGGUUGUGCCGUUCAGGAGGGGCGAACCGACAUGGAGUGUGGAGUGGAAGUAGAUUGUAAGGUCGGUAUUGGAUGAUUUAUUGAGUGCAUAGAGAGGCAUGGCAGGAAAUCUGUGUAGAUAUAUGAUGGACUGGAGGAUAUACCUUGACUUGUGUAUAACAUUUGGAUACAAACUUAUUUUCCUUUCAUACAAGCCGUAGCAAUGGCCCGCUGGAUCAGGGCUGAAAAGAAUGUGAAGGAAAAAAAAUCUCUUUUAUACCUAAGCUAGAACGUAAUAUCAUGCGCCACACCC